AUGUUAAAAAAGAAUAUUCAAUUUAUAGGAAUAUUUGCAAAAGAUCAAUAAUAAGCUUAAUAAUUACUAUUGAAUCUCACUUAAUAAGCACUUUAGUUAUUAAAUGAAUAAUAUUAGAAUGAUUAAGAAUUAGAAAAUAUGCUUAAACAACUAAAACAAAAUUAUAAAUUUCCUCCUAGUAUUCAUUUGACAUCUCUGUUUGUUGGAAACAAUCCAAAAAAUCUAAAAUCUUAAGCCUUUACUGAAUUUAAAGAGAAUUUAGAUUAAGACAUCAUUAUUGAUGCUAUUGCUAUUAGUCCAAAUAAUAUUGUGACAGCCAUUUCGAAUCAUAAUUAUUAAAUACCAUUAACAAAUAAGGUAUAUAUAAUAUAUAUAUAUAUUUAAGUAUUCUCAUGUAACUACAUUACUUGGAUCAUGGAAACCUAAAGAUUCCAAUCAAUUAUUGGAGGAAGUCUUUAAAGAAAUCUCUUAUGAAGAAAUGUAAAAGUAAAUAGAAGACAAUAAAUUUUGGAAAAUAUAAUUAUUUUAAGGACAUAUAGCUUAUGUAAUCUAAUUGAAAUAAAAAAUUAUAAUCCCUGGUAUUUGUAAAAUGCAUUGA